AAGAUCUCUCCACCCACCGCCAGCUUUUUCCUUGCCCUCCCCCCUUCUCCUCUGGUUCCAGGGGCGAAGGAGAAGGAUGGGUCGGGGGACCGUCGGCGAGCGAAAGGAAUCCGGGAGAAGUGAGCGAGGACGGUCCUCUUAAUGACAGCGGCGGAAAAAGUGUCGCCGGCCCCUCCUCCGCCUCUCCGGCAAUGCCGCUCUCAGCUCUUGCGUCUGGCGGCUGCCUGCGCCGCUUGCCCUCCGCCUCCUCCUUCCAGCAGGAGCAUCGCCUCUCUCGUCGACACACACAAGCACGCAGCAGAAAGCCAGAGGAGGAACCGGGCGGCGGCGGCGGCGGAGGCAAGGCGGGGGGGGGGGGUUUACUAUCCACCCAGUUCCUUUCGCCUGGGCUGGCUCUUGCCUUCCCCUCCCUUCCUUUUUCCGUUCCCUUCUUCCUUUCCCGAAACGCAGCAGCAGAGCCCGGAGCUUGGCUGCGCGCUCUCGCGCUCUUCCUCCACCUCUUUUCUUCUUCCCUCCCUCCUUCCUCCCUCUCCUCCUUCCCGGCUCUCCUUUUGCAGCUCCGCGAUUUUGCAAAAAAAAGAAAGGGGGGGAUUUCAAAUAAAAUGGAAAAAACCUUCGGGGUAGGGCGAGAGCUUUUUUUGCAAGGCAGAGGGAUGAGGGGAGGUCACCUAAGCGGAGAGCCCCAGUGCGCCUCUGCCGCCGGGCUGGCUGGAGGGGGGGCGCGCUUGGGCAGCUCUCGCUUCUGAUCCUUCCUCUCGAGACAGCCAGCCAGCUCGAGCCAGGCUCCGUCUCCUCCUCCCCCGGUUAUUUCUCUCUCUCUCCCUCUCUCUCUCUCUUUCCCCCUCCCUCCUUCCCGAUCUCUUGCCUUGCCUCGGUGGCUUCCAGACUGCGCAGCGGCGCUGCCCUGCCCAGGCAAACCCGUCGUCGUCCCCGUCGUCGUCCCCCCCCCCCCCCCGCGCCGCGCGCGCCGCCCGCCUCUUAUCACGUGGGCGUCUAGACACCCUGUCGCUUUUUUAUUUAAAAAAAAAAAAAAAGCACAGUGAUUGUAUUGCGCAAAAAAGGCAUCGGGUUUCUGAAAGCUAUUUUUUUUCCUCUUUAAUUCCUGAAGUCUGGGGAGGAGGCAGAGCGGGGAGAAGGAGAGAAGGGAGGAAAAGCAGGAAAGGUUUGAGGAAGUGUCAGAGGAGGAAAGGAAUAGAAGUUAGGUGCAGGCGUGCGCGCACGGAUUACCCUCAACUACUAUUACUUGCACAAUGAGCAAGAUUGGCUAAUGGGAAUUAGGUAGGGAGCCAUUCUUAAAGAGACGAGAGUGCGCUCCACGUCAAAUCAAGCCACUGCUGUUAUUGCUAUAUUGUACUGCUAUUAAUUUACUGUGUUUAUGUAUCAGGCACCAUCCAUGUAUAUGGUACUUUUGUGGCGUAAGGAAAAGGACAAGUCCUUGCCCUGAAAAUAUUUACAUUCCACCAUGUACAGGCUGCCCAUCUCAUCUCAUAAGGGUAAAAUCACAUCCAGAAGGACAGAAGCAUAAUACCUGUAUGAAGUAAAGACCGCAACAUAACCGGCAAGCUUCCGAGCUCACCAGGACGCUUCUUCAGACAAGAUGUUAUAGUUUCGGGGGGCUUACUUCUCCCAACUAAGUGUGGAUAUGAUUGCAGCCUCCAGGAAUUUACAAGUGAUGCAAGGUUUUGUGCUCUUGGCCUCAACGUUCCCAUCUGCAAUAUGGGAAUAAUAAAGCAAAUCUGUCUUAG